AUGUCACCAAAGACACAAAAAAAUGAAUUGUCAGAUUGUCAUGAUUCAGAUGAUGAUUGGCAUAAUGAUGAAUUCAAAAAUCUAAAACAAAUUUCACAGACUGCUUUUGAUGUUAUGAUUGAAAAUACAAAAGUGCUAAUAUCAUUUACAAAUAAAUGUCUAUUGUUUUAUAUUGGAAAUUCGAAAAGAACACAAAGACGUAAAAAAUUAGCUGCUAAAACUGUAACAGCUGGUAUCUUCAAACUUGAUACUUUUUUUUCCAUAUCUCAACAAAUACCGCAUCAAUCUAUAAAGAAGUUUGCAAAUAAUCUAAAGCAAUUUGAAAGGGAUCAAGAAUAA